AUGUCGUCAAGAAAGAAACAGAAGAAGGAUAGCAUUCAUUUUGUCAAUGCUAGACCCGCCUCCGAGACCGAACGACUGAAAGCCCAGCGUCUGGUGCGUGCCCAUGUCGGACGCUGGAUUUCAGAAACAAAGGACCGAUCCGCAGGCGAAUCAUCCAGUUCACGCAUCCGACCUGUCCGCGCCUUACCCGCCGUUGCGCACGCCGGUCCCGGUCCUGGUCCCGGUCCCUCCUAUACCCUCGUCUCGCGUCCCUCGAGCUCCCAUCGGGGGAGCAACCCCGGUCAAUUCACCUUUGCGCACAACUCCCGCUCCAACCAGGCUGCAUACCGAGACUCGCCGUUUCCGCCAUCCCAGGCCAGCGAUAGCAGUGAUAGCAGUAGCAGCGACGAUGCGAGUACCGUGACCACGUUCUCCUCGGAGGCGCUGGCUGUCAUCCGGUUCAAUGAUCGCUCUUCUCCUGAGCGGCUUGAACGCAACCUCUCUGGAGUCUUCGACCCCUUUGCAACAUACCCCGCCCCGAAGAGCUUCGAGCCAGAGAUGAUCAAUCUGUCAGAGCGCUAUCUUACGGGUGUUGUGUGGCCGGGACUCGCUCCGCGGCCACUGAAUGUCAGAGCUGCGGCUAAUAAAUGGUUUGAUCUGUCCAUGGCGGACCCGGCUUUAUUUACAGCCUUCAUGUUUGGCUCGCUGUGUCACCUCCGUGUACAAUGGCAGAAUAACUGGGUGCCGGGUACCGUAUUUGGUCAGAGAGAGCGUCGUGCGCUGCAGCUGUGUGAAAUGGAAUCGAUCAAGCUGAUCAACCAGGCUGUUCGUGACCCCGAUCGCGCGGUCAGCGACGCUGUUCUCCUCAGUGUCAUUUGCAUGGCUCAUCAUCAGGCAGAGGAGAAAUUGGUACAGCAGCACCGCAGAACACCGUUUAAUCCGCCUUUCCUGCGACUACAAUGGAUUGAUGUCUACGGCUGUCUGCCACCGAAUAUGAUCCAUAUCAAAGGACUGUUGCAGUUGGUCAAACUGCGAGGUGGAUUGCCAAAUAUCCCCACAGAGGGUCUCGCCGCGACAAUUUCCUUCUCGGAUAUCAUGAGCUGCAGCGUCCUCUGCGUCCACCCAUGCUUCGAUUUCUGGCCCCUUGCCGAUUCCCGAUUAGGCUGGUCUGUCCAAGAAAUGCUCGGCUUCGGCCCAUCAGACGUCGACCAGGGAUUCGGCCGUUUGCAGGAAAUUGGCGCCACCCACCAAAUGGCAGAAGCCUUCCAAGCGGUGCACACUUAUAUCGGGAUCAUUAAAGCGAGCCUGAAUUUCACACCAGAUACCUCUUUGCUCGCCGACCAGCGUAACCUGACCCAACAUACCCUCCUCUCCCUCUCUCCAGCCUCAGACAUCUCCACCUUUUUCUCUCAUCCCACGCGUGCCGCCACCUAUGAAGCCUGCCGUCUAGCGGCACUAAUAUUCGGGGUCGGCGUUCUCUUCCCAAUCCCCGCCCAGAAUACUCCCCUCAGUACCCUGGCGCGCCUUAUACAGGCCGUCCUCUUCAAACCCUCGUCCUCAGAGCUGUGGUGUUCACCAUCCACACGCGUCCCUCUCAUCUGGGUCCUGACCCUCGGCGGUAUCGCAGCGAACGAUGCUCCCGAGCGCGCCUGGUUUGCCUCUGCUCUGGGAGAUGUAACUCGCAGGACUGGCUUGAAUUCAUGGGCCAGCAUCAAAUCCGUCCUCGCAACUAUGUUAUGGUACGAAGCUGCCUGUGACCGCGCUGCAGAGGAUCUCUGGCAGGAGGGCGCUAGUAAAUAUAGCUAUGCCAUCCAAUGA